AAGGUCGUCUCGGGCCCGGCUGCGGUGGGCACUGACGCCAGAGCCGGAGGGGGCCGCGGAGUUCCGGAAGACCAGCACCUCCGGGGGCACCCCGGUCCCCGCGAGGCGGGCUCCGGACGGCGCCGGGGGGCGGGGUCGGGGGCGGGGCCUGGCCUCGUUGUGGAGCGGCUCGUAAUCCAUCAUGGCGGCCGCGGGAGUCGGUGUCCGUCCCUGAGCAGCGCUGAAGCCGGAGCCGGUUCCUGGGUUCCUGCGGUGGAGGAGCCCCGUGGCGGUCCACGGCCGCUGUCGGAGGGCGCAGGCUGGGUCCCUGGGCGGCGUUCGGGGGACGAGACUGCCUGCUGGUGGCGGCGGCGGCGACGGUGGCCACGUCCGGGGCCGCGCGGGACGGGGUGUCUCGGGCAGAGACCCCCCGGGCUCGGGGCCUCCUGCCUCGUCGGCCUGCCUCCCGCUCUCGGGCCGCGCGACUCCUUCGUCCCUUGCGGCCCUGGCCCGGCUCUGGGACCCCGAGGUGGUCUCUGGUUUGUGCCACGGACCUGGGACGCCCCGUUUCCUGAGGCGUUGGAGGAGUCUCGCCCCUCCUCCCGCCUCGGAGGACUCGCACCCCGGCAGCCCCUCUCUUUAGCCCGGAUCUUGUCCCCAAGUUUGGCCUCGGAGACCCCCUCCUCCUCCGUUCAAAUCCUCUCUCUGGCUGUCAGGAGUCCUGCCCUGUACCCUCCCCACGUUACUGCCGCCAGCCUCUCAUGCCCUGACCUCUUCCAAUGUCACCUACGGCCCCCUUGGUCUCAGCCCAGCCCGAAACUUUGAUGCAGAGGAAAAGCCUGGAUUGGUUUCACAGGCCUUUUAAAAAGCGGACUUAGAAAAGUUGCUGGCGAUGCAUUAACGUCUCCGCCGCAUCGGGUGACCCGUGGGCCGGAAGAUGCGGAGAGUUAGAUAGCGGCCCACCGGUGACUCCCCCAGGAAAGGUGGAGGAACCCCCCAAGACCACGGCGCUUCCGCUGUGUGUGUGUGUGUCAGAGAGGACCGAAAUGGCUUCAGGAUUGCCCACCCUGCCGGCGUCCCCCCAGAAAUAGAUUUUUUUUUUUUGCCUCUCCAAAAAGACGCGGUGUAUUUCUUCUGGAAAACGGACUUGAAGUCGCGAAACGUUUUCAGGGUAGCGUUAGCGUCACCUUGCUUCGGGACCAUCGAC